CUGGAUUCCAGGGGGAUUUUCACGAAAUAUCAAAUCCUCAACGAUGCUCCAAGUCAAUGCACAAGUUAUCCGAAUUGCCUGGGAUUUACCCGAAAUCAAUAUCAAAACUACACUCUAGUCUUCAGUAAUCCAAGAAUCGUUACUCAGUUUCUAUCAAAUAAAAUCUACCAAGUUGCAAGUUGCGGAAAAUUUCACAAAUUCACCAGGGCUAAUGGUUUGAAUUGGUGUUUUCAGGUUUAUCAAAAAUUCCUGACACAUGACGAAGCUGAAAGGCAGUGUAACAAGUGGGGAGUUAGCCUAAAUGGUUUUGAAUUUGAAGAGGAGCAGGAUUAUUUCAAAGAGAUUGUGAAUGAGAUGAGUCAGGCAAUUCAUUUGGGAGCCAGGAGAGCUGGAAAUGGGGUGAGUUUGGUAGGCGUUGCGGUUGCGUUGCGGUUUUUACCCCAAAUAUUCAGAUGAUCUGGACGAAUAGCACUGUUUCAACGAAUCACACAUUGGCCAAUAACCUGUACACCACAAUUUUCGCUGCGAAAAAAAUUGGAGCAACUUUGGUGCUCCGCCCAAGUGAUACUUCUAAUUGGAGAUAUUAUGAUAUACUGUGAGUUUGUUUUGGGAAGCAAGCCUAAUUUUAAUUUUAUUUUUGUUCAGGAACAACGAAAGAGCAUUUUUCAGUUGUGGAUGGUACGCAACAUAA